UGGCCAACGAAAGCUGACCACGAAUUAAUUUCUAAAGUUUUGAUAUGGCAAUAUUUUAGAACUGUCAAAAUUGUCCCAUUGACGUUUCUUAAUAAAGUCGGUUUGUUAUUUUAUUUCAUCCUAUUUUCAUUGGUUUUGUGUAAAAUAAUGCCGAAAACAAUCAAAAGUUCGACGAGAAAGCUUCUAUUUACUAUGAUUGACAAAUAUAAAGACCUACAAAGUGAUUUGAAUCAGAAAUUUGCAGAGAAAAUACGACGACUGGAUUCAAUCAUUUCACUUUUAGAUAAUAUUAACGGGGACAACGGCAACGAGGAAACAAAACUUACAAUUGCGGAAACAGUAAAGAAAUUGAAAACUCUCGAAAAUAAUGAAAUGUUUGCAAGUGAAACACAGUACUUAGAAAAAAUAUCUUCAAUGACAGAUAUAAGUGUGAAGACCUUAAGAAGAAUUAAAAUUGAAGGGUCUAAAAAUCAAGGACAGUGGGAUACUCCAGGAAAAAAACGUCCACAUUCAGCAACAGUUUCUAAUUUGGAUAAUUUUGACAUUUCUGCUAUAAGAAACAAAAUAAACUCAUUUUAUGCAGUAAAAAAACAAGUCCCAACACUGAGAAGCCUGCACAAUGAACUGAAGGAAGCAAUUGGAUUUAUGGGAUGUCGUGAAACCCUUAGAAAUGUUUUACAUAAGAACGGAUUUGACUUCCAAAACAAUAAAAAUGAACGGGCUUUACUCACAGAAAAAUAUGAAAUUGCAGCAUGGAGACACAGAUUCUUGAGAACAAUACAUCAAAAGAGACUAGAAGGUAAACAGAUUAUUUACCUUGAUGAGACAUAUGUACAUCAGAACUAUAAAGUCAAAAAAUCGUGGCAAGGACCUUCAACAAGUGGUGUCACAACAAAAAUUUCAUCGGGUAAAAGGCAUAUCAUUGUGCAUGCGGGAUCGGAGGAAGGAUUCGUGCCAGGCGCAUUAUUGGUAUUUAGUACAAAAUCCAAAUCAGCUGACUACCAUGAUGAUAUGAAUUCUACCAACUUCAUGAAAUGGUUUGAAGAAAUGUUGCUACCAAAUCUCACAAAACCCAGCGUACUUGUGAUGGACAAUGCAAGUUAUCAUGUAAAACAAGUGAACAAACCCCCUACUAUGUCUGAUUCUAAAUCUAAUCUCCGUAUAUGGCUUCAAGAGAAUAAUAUUCAUUUUGAAGAAUAUCAUACGAAAUCAGAACUAAUGUGUCUAGUGAAAGAUAAUAAACCUGCAGUUAUUUACGAAGCAGAAGAAGCCCUAAAAAAAUACAGUCAUAUCUUGAAUCACGAAAUUUUGUUGCUGCCACCGUAUCAUUGCGACCUCAACGCCAUUGAGCUUGUAUGGAGUGAGGCAAAGAGAAAAGUGGCAAGUAGAAAUAUAGGUAUACCAGGGUCGGAAAUGCAAAAUUUAAUAAAAGAAUGUUUUGCAUCAAUAACGGCCAAUGACUGGAAGAAGUACACCGAUCAUGUACUUCAUGUUGAAGAGCAAUACAAAUUAAGGGAUCGUCUUAUUGAUACCGAACUUGAACCCUUCAUAAUAAAUGUUGGAGGCACUAGCAGUAGCAGUGAAGCCAAUUCUAUAAUAUCAGGUGUAGAGUACUUGGAAUCCGAUUUCAAUUAUGACUCCUAACUCCUUCAUUGUGUUGAUAUAGUUGUAUCGGUGCUAUCUAUUCCAUCGAAUAAACGUUUUGUAAUAA